AUGGUUAUUAUCAUUACCAUUGUGGUUGCUCAAAUCACACAUCUAUACCAUCUUUUAUUCUUAUCCCAUGCUGAAAGAAUUCCUUACCAUACAUCUAUCCUUACCGGCCAAGCAUGGGUAUAUGAACUGAUCAGUGGUCACCCAGACAGGAUCAGUCACAACUUCGGCGUCAACCUUCAAAUUUUUGAUGAGCUGUUAGUGGUUCUUAACUGA